CUUUUGCUCGUGCCCAAAAAGAAAGCACAAAAAAAAAAAGUCGUUGUCUCAUUCGAGUUUUUACUAUUUUCUCGAGAAAAAAAUAAAUCAAAGAGGAGAGAAAAUCGCGGAGGAAAAAAGAAAAGAAAGAGAAAAUGGCCCUGUGAUUCGAGAGAGUGAGGAAGAUUGAUUAGAUAAGUUUCUUCUUAUUUCAACGUUGGAAGAGAGAGAGAGAGAGAGAAAAAGAUUUGUAUUUCUUCUUCUUAAUACGUUCUCGCCAUUUGCGCCAUUGAUUAAUUCAAGUGCGUUGAAGUUAGAGGUAGUUGUUCUUCUACCCCAAAGCAAAAUCCUUAAGGGUUUUCUUCUGGUUAUUAGAGAGUGGUGAAUAUAAACUGCAUUAUCCAUCGAAUUUCGAUCUAAAAAUGGGUGAUACAGAGAAGUGUAGUAACAGUGAUAUGAUCCAGAGACUUCAUUCAUCUUUCGGCACUUCGUCUUCUUCCAUUCCCAAAAAUCCCAUUUCUCAGCUCGAUUUAAACCCUAAUUUCAUCCGCUCAUCAGCUCCUCUAUUCUCCAAGCCUUUCAGUGACAGUGGCAAACGAAUCGGUGUUCCUCCGUCGCACCCCAACUUAAUCCCACCGACUUCUCCGUUUUCUCAGAUCCCGACCACCCGACAACCCGCUUCGCUUAAUUUUAACCCGGGAUCAGCUACUCAUUCGCGGUCAAUGUCACAGCCCAACUCUUUCUUCUCCUUUGAUUCGUUACCUCCGUUAAGCCCUUCUCCGUUUCGCGAUUCUCUGUCGGCACAACCAGAUCACGAUGUCUCCAUGGAGGAUAGAGAUUCCGGCGGGUUUAACAGCAACCAUUCGUUGCCUCCAUCGCCGUUCACGAGGUGUAACUCGACCUCUUCUAGCUCCUUGAGAGUCGGUGAGAGUCUACCUCCGAGAAAGUCUCAUAGACGCUCCAACAGUGAUAUUCCCAGUGGGUUUAAUUCCAUGAUUGUUCAGAAUUCGUUGCCUUUGAUCCCUCCAAGACCAUUGGAGAGGUCUAUUUCUGGUGGGGAAUGUGCUGAUUGGUCAAAGUCUUCUCCUUUCGUGAAGAAGGAAUCGAGCUGCGAAAGAGAAGGCGUCGGAGAGAGAGAAGCUAUGGAUGAUCUCUUCUCAGCAUAUAUGAAUCUUGAAAACAUUGAUGUUUUGAACUCCUCUGAGGCUGAUGAUAGCAAGAACGGUAAUGAGAAUCGGGAUGAUAUGGACAGCAGCAGAGCAAGCGGGACGAAGACUAACGGUAGUGAUACCGAAGGAGAGAGCAGCAGUGUGAAUGAGAGUGCGAAUAAUAACAGUAAUUUGAAUUCUUCUGGUGAAAAGAGAGAGAGUGUGAAGAGAAGAGCGGCUGGAGGAGAUAUUGCUCCUACCACCAGACAUUACAGGAGUGUUUCAGUGGACAGUUGUUUCAUGGAGAAGUUGUCUUUUGGUGAUGAAUCACUAAAGCCGCCUCCUUCUCCUGGAACUAUGUCACGGAAAGUUUCCCCUACCAAUUCGGUUGAUGGGAAUUCGGGUGCUGCUUUUAACAUCGAGUUUAAGAACGGUGAGUUUACUGCAGCGGAAAUGAAGAAGAUCAUGGCAAAUGAUAAACUAGCAGAGAUGGCUAUGUCUGACCCUAAGCGUGUCAAAAGAAUCUUGGCGAACCGUCAAUCCGCAGCACGGUCAAAGGAGAGGAAGAUGCGGUACAUAGUCGAAUUGGAACACAAAGUGCAGACUCUUCAGACCGAGGCUACCACAUUGUCUGCUCAGCUCACGCUUUUGCAGCGAGAUAUGAUUGGGUUCACAAAUCAGAACAAUGAGCUGAAGUUCCGUCUUCAAGCAAUGGAGCAACAAGCGCGUCUUCGCGAUGCUCUGAACGAAGCACUGAAUGGAGAAGUCCAGCGACUGAAACUGGCAAUCGGUGAGACCAGCCAGAACGAAUCAGAGAGAUCAAAAAUGCAAUCACUCAACGCUGAGAUGUUCCAGCAACUCAACAUCAGCCAGUUAAGACAGCAGCCACAACAGAUGCAGCAACAGUCUCAUCAGCAGAACCACCAGAAUGGAACUAUGGCAACAAAAUCUGAAUCAAACGAAUAGAGCAGAGAAGUUGUUGCUGGAUCAGAGAGGGUUGGAGUUUUUCAAGUUACAUAUGGAAUCACACAUUAUAUUUCAUUUAUGUGCAGAGUCAGUUGAAUUUACAUAUAUCGUAUAAGGCGUAAGUCACAGAAAUUUAAUUUUACAGUAUGUUGUUAUCUUAGAAAGAAAAAAAUUCAAUUUGUGGUAGGUAUCAUAUAGGUGGUAUGAACUAUGAAUUUGUUAUAUGUAAUGGGAUUGAGCUUCAGACAAAGAGAUUCUCUGUUUGUUUUGUUUUUA